UUAGCGAACGCAAUUCGUGCAAGCAUGGGCAAGGACAAGAAGAAGGAUAAAACAUCGAAGCACAUCAAGUGUGAUGUACUGUUUGAUAAUAAUCCGCAAGGAGUGUUCCGGGCCGGCGAUACCGUUAGUGGUACGGUCGAGAUUCAGCUGGACAAACCGAAGAAAGUGCGAGGGAUCGCGCUGCGUAUCAGCGGAUUCGCCCAGACCAACUGGAACGCGAAGGUGAAAGGAACGACCGAGAAGGCAAAAAAGAAAAACAAAAAAACGCAUUUCAGUGGCCGCGAGGACUACUUUGGUACCAUCACGUACUUCGUUGGAUCGGAUGUAGGUAAUCCGCUCGAGGUACCGGCCGGUGUGCACCGGUAUCCCUUCUUCUGCGUCAUACCGGCCACGGUACCGACCUCGAAGGAGGGCAAGUAUGGUCACAUCCGCUACUUGGUGAAGGUGUCACUGGAGCGUCCCUGGAAGUACGAUCACGUGUUCCAGAUGCCAUUCAUCGUCCAGAGUCAUGCCGAUCUGAAUGUUGCCCAGGACCGCAUGCUGGUGCCGACACGGGCCGAGGUGAUACAAUCGUUUUACUUCGGUCUAACGGAUCCGUUGAUUGUGACCGCCACUACACCCCGUACCGGUUAUGCACCGGGUGAGGUGAUCGAGGUAUCGGUCCAUGUCAACAAUCAGAGUAGCGUCGAUGUGCGUGACAUACAGAUCAAGUUCCAGCGCAUAGACACGUUCCUUAGCCAGGUUCCGACGGAGCAAGAGCAUCUGGAGCACACGGUGCUGGAGGAGCGUACCAUUGCCCGGGUAGCCCGCCGGAAUGAUGCCGUGUUCGAGGAGAACAUACUGAUCGGUUCAACGGUUCCAUCGGACGAUGAGCGGUGUAAGAUCAUCCGGACACGGUACGAGGUCACGAUCUUGGUGCGACCCGUUCGAUCACGAAAGAAGCUACUCCUUACGCUGCCGCUCGUCAUCGGAACGGUCGGUCUACCGGCGAGCAUCUAUCCGAUGCAAAUGCUAGCGAAGGAACGGGAAGCACUUGGCCUGAACGCGGUUACCGAGGCUGGGCUUGCUGAUGUAGCAGGACCGAGUGGAAUCGCCACGUCGUUUGAACUACCUCCUCCACCGUAUAGAGAGGAUUCACAACCCUCCUCACCUACGGCUAGGGUUUUUUCUCCCACCGAUAUGGACGACGAUGAAGCCGCUGCCACAGCGCCACCGACGGAACAUGAGUUCGAGAAGGGCUCCGAACCGUACACGCCGCGUGACUUUGAUGAGCACGAUUAA